AUGCCGCAGUCAGAAGUAGCAAGUCAACUGUUCAAUGUGGACGAUCCAUCGAAUUUUAUGAUUCUCCUUCAUUUCACUUCAGAUAAUGAAUUUGAUGAGGUGGAAUUGUUUGUGACGAGGUACAAACCUGAGAGGCUAGAUGCUCUUUGUAAGACCACCAAAUUUACUAGAAAAGAGAUUAGGCUCAUCUAUCAAGGGUUCAAACAGGAAUGUCCUUCAGGAGUUGUAACAGAGGAAACUUUCAAAGAUAUUUUUGGUCAGUUUUUCCCACAAGGAGAUUCCAAUCAAUAUGCUCACUACGUCUUCAAAUCACUUAAACAAGCUCACGGAGGAACAGUCAACUUCGAGCAAUUUUUGAAAAUGCUGUCGAUUCUUUCGAGAGGGAAUGUACCUGAAAAACUUGAGUGGGUGUUCAACUUGUAUGACAUCAACGGAGACGGAUACAUUACGAAGCAAGAGAUGCUGAACAUAGUGAGUGCCAUUUAUGAUAUGCUAGGACACUACACAGAUCCUGCAGUCACGGAACAUUCGGCGAAGGAACACGUCGACAAAAUAUUCCAUUUAAUUGACCUGAACAAAGAUGGAGUAAUUACACUGGACGAAUUCAUGGAUUGGUGCCAGAAAGAUGAGUUAAGGACGAGAAGUUUGUUCAUGUUGGAUACCAUUUUGUGACCCUGAACCAGUGUGGGCGACACCAAUGAUCCUUAGGAGAGAUGAUUUCAUUUCUGAAAGCUCAUUCUUUUAACAAGUUUCAGUCCUAUUAAGUGUGUACAAAGUCUUAGGAUUAACCUUUAACCAUGGUUUGAGGAAUACGCAUCUACAUACUGUUGAAAUACGAGAUAUAUAUCAUCAGAAAAGAAUUGCUUAGCAAUUGUAAAAUUCUGUUGUCAAAUAUUUUGCUUUCUUUUAAGUUUUUAAAAAAACGUCAAUUACAGAAAUUCAAAAUUCUACAAAAAGCAACAAUGGAAAAGUAUGCAGAAUUGCACACUUCCUUCAUUUGCAGUUUUUCCUUCAAAACGUAGAAAACUCUCACAAAAACUUAACAGUUCUUUUCAAUA